AUGAGAAUCGUUGAUAAAAUCACCCAAGCCGAGAACGACAACAGUAUCAGCUACUCUUUUGAGUAUUUUCCACCCAAGACGGAAGUGGGUCUGGCUAAUUUAUUCGAUCGUGUUGCCCGCAUGGCGCAAAUGAAGCCAGCAUUUGUGUCUUGUACCUGGGGUGCAGGCGGGUCGACACAGUCCAAAACGCUGGAGCUGUGUACGAUGGCACAGAAUGUGUACGGUGUCGAGACAUUACUGCAUUUGACGUGUACAAAUAUGGAAAAGGAACAAAUUGAUCAUGCAUUGAAGGAAGCGAAAAAUGCCGGUAUACAAAAUAUUUUGGCGCUUCGUGGGGAUCCUCCGCGAGGACACGAGUACUGGACACCUUGCGACAAUGGAUUUAAUCAUGCCGUGGAUCUUGUGCGAUACAUUCGAGAACAGUAUGGCGAUUAUUUCUGCAUUGGUGUAGCGGGCUAUCCCGAUGGUCAUGUGGACGCUUCCAGUCGAUCUCAGGACAUUGCGUAUCUGAAAGCCAAAGUGGAGCAGGGCGCCGACUUUAUUUUAACUCAGUUAUUUUAUGAUGUGGAGACAUUUGCGGAAUGGUUGAAAGAAUGCCGACAAGCAGGUAUCACCGUACCUAUUGUGCCUGGAAUCAUGCCAAUUCCAACAUAUCAGAGCUUCCGCCGCAUGAUUAAUUUGUGCAAGGUCCAUGUACCAAGGCAGAUUUUGACCGAUUUGGAUAGUAUUAAGUCGGACGAUCAAAAAGUCAAGGAAUAUGGCGUGAGUCUGGCUGUGAAAAUGAUCCGCCAGCUGCAUGAGCAACAUCAUGUAUGCAGCUUCCAUCUGUCGACGCUUAAUCUGGAACGAUCCACGCGAUUGAUUUUGCAAGAAUUGAAUCUUGUUCCUCAAGAACUGUCGUCCGUUCAAAAGCUGGCGUCUGGUGAAAAGUUGACAGUUGCAGCUGCCAAGAUUUCUCCUUGGUCCACCCUUCAAGGAGCCGACCGUGCCGAAAGUUGGGAUGAAUUUCCUAAUGGACGUUAUGGCGAUACUCGCUCUCCUGCUUUUGGUGAAAACACUUAUGGCGCGAAUCAAUUACCGACGGUAGAAGCAAGCAGCAAAUGGGGUCAUCCCAAGACGGAAGAUGAUAUCACACAACUUUUUGUACAAUACAUUCUUGGCGAACUGUCGAGCUUGCCGUGGUGUGAAGACAUGUUGCAAACAGAAACGGAUGCUAUUCGUCAGCGUCUUGCCCAAUUGAAUCGAAGAGGCUAUUGGACGGUCAGUUCUCAGCCGGCGGUGAACGGUGCACACAGUCAGGAUGAAGUCUAUGGCUGGGGUCCCAAGGGCGGCUACGUGUAUCAAAAGGCCUUUCUUGAGUGUUUCGUGUCGGAAGACCGCCUGAAACCAUUGUUGGCCAGUUUUGAUAAAGAUGAAUACAUUACCUAUUACGCUGCGAAUGCAAAGGGUGAUUUCAUCUCCAAUGUAGAGGAGGUCGACGCGCACAAUGCAGUGACGUGGGGCGUCUUUUCUGGCAAGGAGAUUGUGCAAUCGACCAUCAUCUCUCGCUCCAAUUUCGAGGCGUGGAAGGAAGAGGCGUAUGGAUUAUGGGAAGAAUGGCAACGCCAAUACCCGCCAGAGAGUGACACAGCGAAAUUGUUAAAGAGCCUUCGAGAGCAAGUGUGGCUCAUUAAUGUGGUGCAUAACGAUUUCACGCAAUCCGACAAUUUAUUUGACGCUUUGGGCGUGUGA